AAAAAACAGUCUUUUUUUUGUAGUGUGUAACACACAGAUACUUCAGAAAGCGCGUGCCACUUUAAAUUCGACGGCUAAACACAAAAAAUUACACAAAAAACUUUGGCUAUUAUAAAAUGGGUAACGUGCUAGCGGCAUCAUCCGGCGUUGAGCCAACGUCAGCGCGCAGCAACAGCGUAGCUGCCAGUUUGGGUCUGCCGGAACCAGCCACAAUACCCACAGAGGUUUCGCAGUCUAUUGCGGCCGAAGCGAGCGAUGCGGCAAAGGAUAACACACUUGAGAAUCCCGGCACUGUCGAGGAGUUGCACAAGAAAUGCAAAGAUGUACAGGCCAUUACCUUUGAGGGCGCCAAGAUAAUGCUGAACAAGGGCCUCAGCAAUCAUUUUCAGGUAUCCCACUCCAUCAACAUGAGCACCACUGUGCCAAGCGGUUAUCGCUUCGGUGCCACCUAUGUGGGCACCAAGCAAUACAGUCCAACUGAGGCAUUCCCGGUGCUGCUCGGCGACAUCGAUCCCUCGGGCAAUCUGAAUGCCAAUGUCAUACAUCAGUUCUCACCGCGUUUGCGCUGCAAGUUUGCCUCGCAGAUACAAGAUUCAAAGGUGACGGCCACACAGCUGAGCACAGAUUAUCGAGGCAAUGACUACACCGCAUCUAUCACGUUGGGCAAUCCCAGCAUAUUCACCAAUUCCGGCGUUAUUGUGGGCCAGUAUUUGCAGUCGGUGACGCAGCGCAUGGCUCUGGGUGCUGAGGUGGCCUAUCAGUAUGGACCAAAUGUGCCCGGACGACAGAUUGCCAUUGUUUCGGCUGUGGGACGCUACUCCACCGGUGAUUCCAUUUGGUCUGGCACCCUGGGACCCAGUGGACUGCAUUUGUGCUACUAUCAGAAGGCCAGCGAACAGCUGCAGAUUGGCGUCGAGGUUGAAACAAGUCUGCGCAUGCAGGAAUCUGUUGCCACCAUUGGCUAUCAAAUUGAUUUGCCCAAGGCAGAUCUCGUCUUCAGAGGCUCUAUUGACUCAAAUUGGCACAUUUCGGGCGUGCUGGAGAAGCGUCUGCAACCACUGCCGUUCUCGUUCUCUCUUAGCGGACGCAUGAACCAUGUAAAGAAUCAAUUCAAGCUCGGCUGUGGGCUGAUGAUUGGAUAAAGCCACUUAACAAACAAUAACCAGUCAGCAAUCAACAAUAACAGCAACUUCAACAGCAGCACCAGCAAAUGCCGGCACCCAACAACCAACAAUAGCAACAGAUAGAGCAGCAAAAACAAACAGUUAUCAGAAAUGCAUUAUCCUAAUUAUCAUCAUCAUCCUACAUACAUAUACACAGAACACAACACACACACACACACACACACACAGCAGCAGCAGGCAAAACGUAAUUGUUCAUUUGUUUUAAAUAUGACCCACUUUUGACUUUAACUCGUCUCUCAAAAAAUUGCAAUUGUAAAUGUAUAAAUUAUAAAGCAAACAAACCAAAAGGCGAGCGACAACAAGCAAGAGGAGUAAAUAAACAGCAAGUUCAAAAACAAAAGAAAAGAAACCUUAAAAAAACGAAUUGUAGCUCCAUGUAUGCCAUUCUUUAGUUCGUAGCAAAGAGCAAUUGCUUUAGUAUAACAUUUUAAUGGACAUGUAUUGCUUGAUUUUAGCCAUAUACAACUGAUGUACAUACAUACAACUACAUUAAUAUAAUGAAAUUAUUGCAUUGUCAUGUCCUUAAUACCUGUCUCGCUCUACACACACACACACACACGCCUGCAAGCAUAGUAUAUGUU